AUGAACGAGCUCGCGAGGCGCUCCGAGUCCACCGUCGGUAUUGACCUUGGAACAACACAGUCCUGCGUGGCCUAUUACGAUGGCCAGCAGGCUCGCGUGCUGGCAGACGAGGAAGGCCGGACCGUCAUACCCUCUGUAGUCUCACACCGCCCCGGCCAGGAUGAUUUGGUGGGGCACGCAGCAGAGCGGCAGGCAGAACUCAACCCCAAAGCUACGUUUGCGACGACCAAGCGCCUUAUUGGGCGUCUUUACACUGAUGAAGUGGUUGCUGAUGCCCAGCGAGACGUGACGUAUGACGUGGUCGAGUCCGACAACGGCGAAGCAUGGGUCUAUAGCCCCGUCACGGACCGAACGGUGUCUCCCAGCGAGAUUGCCGGCAGCAUCUUGGGGCACAUGCGUCGUAUAGCCGAGCAGGCGCUGGCCAAGGAAGUUCGCGAUGUGGUGGUGACCGUGCCCGCCUACUUUAAUGACAACCAACGCCAAGCCACCCGCAAUGCUGGUCUUUUGGCUGGACUGAAUGUGAUGCGCUGCGUCAACGAGCCUACGGCAGCCGCUUUGGCCCAUGGCAUUGGUCUCAAGGCUGCUGAUCGUGAGCGGGGCUCCAAGCUCGCCGUAUACGACUUGGGGGGUGGCACAUUCGACAUUAGCAUUUUACAGUUGCACUCGGAUGGCACCUUUGAGGUGCUGGCCACAAACGGCGACACCUUUUUGGGAGGCGAGGACGUGGACUCGGCCGUGGCUGAGCAGCUGGUGGAGCGUUUCAAGCGUCAACACGGAACCGAGCCUGACGACGCGCUUCGCCAACGCCUGCGUUUGGCAGCUGAAAAGGCCAAGAUCGAACUCGAUCAAGCUACAGAGACAACGGUGGUGCUGCCUUUUGCGGGCGAAGCCGGGCGCUUUGAAACGCGCCUGUCUCGGGCCGAAUUUGAGGAGAUGAUAGCCCCUGUCCUGGCCCGAACCGAGGCACCCUGCCGCCAAUGCUUGAAGGACGCUGGGCUCACCGCUACUGACCUUGAUAAGGUGCUGCUGGUUGGGGGCAUGACGCGCACCUUGGCCGUGCAUGACGUUCCAUCGCUGAUUCAGGAGGUCAAGGAAAGUGGCAUGAAAGUACGUUGA